UAUGAUUACUGCAUUCUCCAAGAUGGUCGGUUAUGCUCUUCAGCUUUCAUUUCUCAAGGACGUCACAUUGAGAUACUGUCCAAGGAAGGAAUCAGUGCUGAGGUGAUCAACCUCCGAUCAAUUAGGCCACUGGAUAGAGCCGCCAUAAAUGCAUUUGUUAGGAAAACAAAUAGAUUGGUGACUCUUGAAGAAGGCUUCCCCCAGCAUGGUGUUGGUGCUGAGAUAUGCAUGUCUGUUGUAGAAGAAAGAUUUGAGUAUCUUGAUGCUCCAAUUGAGAGGAUUGCUGGAGCUGAUGUACCCAUGCCCUAUGCUCCCAACCUUGAGAGAUUGGCUGUCCCACAGAUUUUCGGUAGGACCGGCCAUCUUUUGGGUAUUUUUUUGGUGCAGCUUUCUUAUGGAUUAAGCUAUUGAUGUUAGCUUGAUGUUUGUUUGCCUAGUGCAUAGAGAUGCCGUCGUAUGUCGUGUACAAGGGUAAGGUUCUCGGAGUCUACGAUGAUUGGGAGGAGUGUCGGAGACAGGUUCACCGUUUCAGCGGUAACAAUUACAAAGGGUACACCACAAGGGCAGAGGUGGAAGUUAGAUACACGCGCUAUCUAGCGGGAGAGAGGAGGGAGCGUUGGAGGAACCAGAUGAAGACCAGUUUCAUCGCGAUUAUGCUCAU